GGAAGUCCUGUGACGCCGCCUGAGCGGAGUCAAGGUGUCGCGAGAGGACUUGCUUCCUGGAGAAGUGCGGAAGCCACGUUGGUUUCAGUUUCCUCAGAGCGCCUCUGUCUCGCGGUUUGUAAGUCGUGCUUAAGCCAGAGGAGACUGAAUUGAAGGUCAUGGCAUCCUAUACCUGUAUCACCUGCCGUGUGGCUUUCAGGGAUGCCUCGGCCCAGCGUGCGCACUACCAGAUCGACUGGCACAGGUACAACCUGAAGCGGAGAAUGGCUGAGAUGCCUCCUGUCACAGCUGAGAACUUCCAGGAGCGGGUUUUGGCCCAGCGAGCAUCUUUGGAAGAGCAGAGCAAGGCCACGGCGACUUACUGCACUGCUUGCAGCAAGAGAUUUUCCAACUUCAACGCUUAUGAGAACCACCUGAAAUCCAAGAAACACUUGGAGCUGGAAAAGAAAGCCGUCCAAGCUGUCAGCAAGAAGGUGGAACUCAUGAAUGAGAAGAAUUUGGAAAAGGGCCUGGCUCAAGAGAGUGUUGACAAAGAUGCUGUGAACACGGCUAUUCAGCAAGCCAUCAGAGCUCAGCCGUCCUCAUCGCCAAAGAAGGUCCCCUUGUUUGCCAAUGCCAUCCCCGAGUCUUCCAUUGCUGUGGAAAGUUGCAGUUCAGUCCGAAGAAGAGAACGUGUGGAAAAAGCUCCCCGACUACAAUGGUUUGAAGAGCAGGCUAAGAAAUUGGCAGAAGAACUGUCUGAGGAUGAAGAGGAUGAUGAUGAUAUGGAGGAAGGCUGGGAAGAUGUAGACUCAGAUGAAGAAUUAGAGUGUGAAGAAGAGACCAAAAGAAUCCCAGAUGAAGCAGGAGCAUCUGGGCUGAAUCACCUCACUUCUGAUGCAAUCCCAGUAACUGAUUGUUUAUUCUGUUCCCACCAUUCAAGUACUUUCAUGAAAAAUGUGGGUCACAUGACAAAAGUCCACAGUUUUUUUAUCCCAGAUAUAGAAUACCUUGUUGAUCUCAGAGGGCUGAUAAAGUAUUUAGGAGAGAAGGUUGGUGUUGGGAAGGUCUGCCUAUGGUGCAACGAGAAGGGGAAGUCCUUUUACACAAAAGAAGCUGUGCAAGCACAUAUGAAUGACAAAAGUCACUGCAAACUCUUCACAGACGGAGAUGCUGCACUGGAAUUUGCAGACUUCUAUGAUUUCAGAAGCUCGUACCCUGACUAUAAGGAAGAUGACGAUGUGGAGAUGUCUGAUGAAGUGCCGUCAGACAAGAACUUGGAGUAUAAUGAGGAAACAAUGCAAUUGAUUUUACCUUCUGGUGUCAGUAUUGGUCACCGUUCCUUGAUGAGAUACUACAAGCAACGAUUUGGUUCCUCAAGAGCUGUUGCAGUCUCAAAAAAUAAACACGCUAUAGGAAGAGUGUUGAAGCAGUAUCGAGCCCUUGGCUGGAGAAGCAGCAUUGGAUCAGUACUGGCCUGUGAGCGUGACAUGCAGUAUGUCCAGAGGAUGAAAGCAAAAUGGAUGCUGAAGACCGGCAUGCAGAAUAAUACCACCAAGCAAAUGCAUUUCCGCACGCAAGUCCGGUUCUGAGAGAACCAGUGGGAAUGCUUUGAAGUUUGAAUUUGGCUUUUUCUGUUGACAAGAGAAUGGAGAAUCCAGUAAUUGAGAACUCUGAUAUUGAAGGGGGCGGGGGGUCAUGCCUUUCUAGUGACUGUGAAUAUGCUGCUAUCCCAAAAUCUUUUCCAGGGGGAUCAUCUAAACACUGAUUGUCACACUUCAAACUAAUAAAAAGUCUUGACAUCAAAAACUAUAUAUUGCUUGGGUUGUUGUGGUGCAGACUCCCAAGUAUGAACCUGAGUAGCAUAUAAUUUAUUGCGUAAGGCAGGGAUAGAAAUUGUGUUUUCCAGGAAUUUUUGGACCGCAGCUUGGCUAGCAUAGUCAAUGGUGAGGUAUGUUGAAGUUGCAGUCGAGCCAUAUCUGGAGGGCUGCCCUAGUCCUACUCUUAGAUGUUUAGCAUUUGCACGGAGUUGCAAACACUUUCAGAUCCUUCAAAUACACUAAAUCUUUCUGCAACUUUAUUGGGUUUAUAGGUGGGGUGUUGCUUCUGCAGAGGUAGGAAUUUGCCUAUAAAUUUACCUAGAUUUUUGAACCAUGUUAGUGAACAGCAUGCUAAAUGGCACUCUUUAACAGAUUAAUGGACAAAUAAGCUAUGCUAUAUAUUCCUUAGUGGAAUUAGGCUGCAUAAAUAGGAGGAUAGUGGAAGCGGAUGCCUCAAACUCCUAAGACCAGGGGUUUUUUUUCUGUCAAGAGCAAUUUGAGAAACUGCAAGUCACUUCAGGUGUGAGAGAAUUGGCCAUCUGCAAGGAUGCUGCCCAGGGGACAGCCACAUGUUUUGAAUUUUUACUAUCCUUGGGGGAAGCUUCUCUUAUUUACCCCCAUAGGGAGCUGGAGCUGACAGAGCUCAAUCCGCUCUCCUUGGAUUUGAACCCCUGACUUGUUGGUCAGUAGUCCUGCUGGCACAAGAGUUUAACCUAUUUCGCCACCGGGGGCUCCUAAACAGAGGGCCUAGGGCUAUCCAACCAGAACAACAGGACCCUAAUAAGCAAAAAAGCCUUGUCCUAUUAGAUAAAUGUCAUACCAUGCUUCAGUUUCAAUGUGAAAACUUCUAUGGCCAGAGUUAUUCUCAUGAUCAAUCCCACACACUUUCAGGUACUGUGGAACUAAUGCAGUUUGACACCAAUUUAGCAGCUGUAGAAUCCUGAGAUUCAUUGUUCGGUUAAUUAUCAGCACUAUGUGGCAGAGAAGGCUACAGAUCUUGCAAAACUACAGCAAACAUUAUUCCAUAGCUAUUUAAGUGUCAAACUGCCUCUUUUCUACAGUUUAGAUGCAACCAGAGAUGUUUGGCAACUAGAAGAACAUCUUUUGUCCUGUUCAGACAAUGUUGCUUUGCUUUGUAUGAGCCCUGAGUGCCCAAAGGCCCAAAUCAUUGUAAAUAACACUUUGUAACAAAAUUUGAAACAAUUUCUGUUCCUGGUUUGAAAGUGCCACAUUUCCUGUUUAAUUGUGCAGUCCUUACUUUGCAAGUAGUUGUUCUACUUCAGAAACUUAGUUUUUGUGGCUACCACAAAGUAGGGCCCUAUCUACACUGGCAUAUAAAAUCCAGAUUAUCUCCUUCGAACUGGAUUAUAUGGCAGCGUUGACUAAUACAACGCAGUUCAAACGCAGAUAAUAUGGAUGUUAUAUGUCGGUGUAGAUGGAGCCUAAGUCGAAUUAGAAAUCUCGCAAGCAUCAUGAGGCCCUGUUCUGCACUGAUCUGGAUCUCCACAUUUUUAAAGAUGUCAGACAUAAAACAAAUAACUAACAAAAGCAAAAACCAGGUACUUUAAUAUCCAAAAGUUUUUCUAAAUCUGUUUUCUAGCUUUGUUAGUGCAGUAUUUUUGUAAAGGAAGCAUUAUAAUAUCAGAACCCUGGAAAAGGAGUUAAUGCAAGGCAUGUUUAAAGCACAAGCCACUAGAUGGCACAGUGAUGCAUCUGAAUUCUAGCAUCCUUAUAAGCUGAUGCAUGGCUUGCUUCCACGUGGAGAUACUAGAGACUGUUUCCAUGAUAAAUAUUGAUUUAGGUUGCUCUGUGGAGUCGUCAGCACAUUUGCAAGGGCAUGGGAUUCCGUAGUCUUGCUUACUAUUCUGCAUCAGACUUGGAUUAUAAUAUGUUUGUAGUGAGUCAUCAGGACCAUACUGUUGUAAAACUACUUAGCCCUUUAGAAAACAAAGGCACCUUGUGAGUCUCCCAUUGUUCAAAAGCUCACUUCUCAAUUUUCACCAGUCUUGGGUGUAGUUAUUUGGGGCUUUCCCCAACAAAGUGACAUACCUGAUAACCUUGGGCUUUUUUUCGUGAUAUGGCCAUGGAGAUAACAAUGUAAACUGUAUGAUCUAAUCCAGGAAUAAUUUCUAGGCUGUAGCAAGUGGACAUUUUAGUAUACUGUGAUCUUUAACUGUUUGUAUUGAAUGGCACUCAUUUCAGUAUUUUGUUAAUUUAUGUUCAUUCAAUAAAAUACUAUGGGAUUGUUCUUAAUAUUUAA